AUGUCUCUGGCAGAAGAAUUGAUGGCGGAUUUCGACGACGACGAUGACAUGGAAGAUCUGGAAGAUGGCGAAAAUGUUUGAUGGAUCUAAGCAGUUGCGUCGUCUCCGGUGGUACUGAUUCUGUCGCUUUGCAGGAGAUCAAGGAGGAGGAAGACAUUGAGGAGGCCACUGAAGAGCAGCCGGACACGCACAGCUACAAUUCCGUCUACGACGUCGCCAAAUUAUCAAAAAGCGAACAGUGAGCGAACGUCUUCUCAACCUUUGUUAAUGCGAGGCUCAAUUCAGUUACCAGAAGUUGGUGAAGCAACUGAACAGUGAGCUGGAGCGACCGCCGGAUAGCGUCGAGGUGACGGCGCCUCUGGAGGCCGAUCCUCAGUAUCAACUCAUCGUCAAACUCUCCAAUGUUUGAUAACCUUUCCCGGAAUUGUUUUUCGCACAAAAGGAAUGUUCAGCUGGUAGCCGACAUUGACAAUGAGAUAAACGUGGUGCACAAGUUCGUCCGCGACAAGUAUGAGAAGCGGUUUCCGGAGCUGGAGACGUUGGUGCCAAACCCACUGGACUACUUGGCGACUGUGCAGCUGCUUGGCAACGAUAUCAACACGAAAGGCCAGAACAAGGUGGAAGCCAGUUUCAGGAAGAAAUCAAGAAGAGUUUGCAGGAGCUUCUAAGCCGAAUUCUGCUUCCGGCGACGUGCAUCGUCGUCUCGGUGACCGUGUCGACGACCCAAGGCACCAAACUCGAACCCGACGAACUUCAGGCCGUCAUGGAGGCCUGCGCCCUCGCCGAACAGAUCCAUGCCGUUCGUUUCUCCAUUCUUUUCCCUAUCGGUUUAAUGCAAUUUGUGAAAAAUAUUAAAUCCUUUUUUAGAUUUUUUUAUCUCUAUAGAAAUGACUUAGAUUUUUUUUUUUGAAAGCCAAAUUUCAGGACCGCAUCUCUAUGCACCAUCUGAUCGAACUUCGGAUGGCCCUCAUUGCUCCUAACCUUGUCCAUCUUUUGGGAGCAGCGACCACAGCACUUUUGGCGAGUUUUUGCUCUUAAAAUUUUUUUUAGAAAGAGUGCCAUUUCAUCUGAAAUUUUCCGCUUAGAUCGCACAAAAAUUUCCAUUUUCGGACCAAUGUUUCCCAAAAGUAUAUCAUGAGUUUUCAGUGUUCAAAAGUUCAUCAAUACACUCUCAGAUACAUGGGUAUCAGCUGAUUCAUGUGAAAUCGACACGAAUUAUUUGCUAAGAAUAUUUAAAAAUAUUAGCGGACCACAAAAAAAUAAUGAUGAAGAAUGAAAAAGCAAAAAAUCCUCUAACACCGCCAAUUUUUGAUGGCUUUUUCGAAAUCAAAGCUUUGAGCGCGAUGAAUUUCUUGUGAACAGAAAACAAAGUUCCAAUAAUACUUUUUAAAAAUAGACAAAAGGAAUAAUUCAAGCAAAAUUCAGACAGGUUAACUGAAAAUUUCCACUUUUUGAAUGUUGGAAUUUGGUUUGCUGACUUCCACCUUCUAAGUAGACCGCCCCCCACACACAAAAAAUAGCUCUACGAGGUGAUCAUUUAUAUCUGCCAUGUGCUUUCAAAAACGCAAGUAACUAAAUUUGAAAAUUAGGGUUGCUAUUUCUUUUUUUUCCUGAAGAGACAGUCGCUUUGAAGGUCUCUCAAGCGGGAGGACUCGCUCCAUUGGCGCGCAUGCCUGCCUGCAACAUCCAAGUGCUCGGACGCCAGAAGAAGAACCUCGCUGGCUUUUCCUCGGCCGUCAACCCGCACCACGGCUUCGUCUUCUUCCAUCCUCUUGUUCAAGGAAUGCCGCCUGAUCUCAAAGGGUUUCGAACUUUUCCACGAUCUUUUGGAGGCUUAUUUCUUUCAUUAAUUUUUAAAUAUUUCAAAUUUCACUGAUUCUAUCGAUUUUUGAUUAUGUUGUUCAAUGAAGGAGAACUUUUUUGAUUUCCAGGAAAACUGCGAAGAUUCUUGCGGCGAAAGCAACUUUAGCAGCACGCGUCGAUGCUCAGCACGAAUCUCCGAAUGGAAACAUUGGCAAAGACCUUCUCGACGAGGUCCGAAUAUUUUUAGAACUUUUUUGAUUUCGAUUUCAGGUACGUCGCAAAAUGGAGAAAAUGCUAGAGCCUCCGCCAGUGAAGGCGAACAAAGCGUUGCCGAAACCUCUGGACAAGGCUAGCAAAAAGCGCGGAGGCCGCAGAAUGCGAAAGAUGAAAGAACGUCUGGGAAUGACCGAAUUGCGCAAGAAACAGAACCGAAUGAACUUCGGAGAGCUUGCCGAAGACGUCAUGCAAGAGCACAUGGGAUUCGAUCUGGGCCAUGUGGGUGUCUUCUUCUAGAAUCUGAUCGAAAGUUCUAAAAGGAAAAAAGGCUUUUCAUCAGAAAUUAUCUUGCAACCUUUUCCACGUUUUGUUGUAUUUCAAAUUUAUCUUCUCAUCUGAUUUCUUUUUUUCGUACGCAUUAUCGGAUUGAGACCGUUUCGGAUUCCCCUGUCUACUGAUUCUCACGGAAAAUAUCUAGUCAACAUUAUUUCAAAAUUCUAAAAAAUUUCGUUGUCAACAACCUUUCAAUUUUUUUUUUCCUUACUGUUUCAUGAGAUCAAAAAAAGUAUAUGAAAUAAUUUUUUAUACCAUUUUUAUAUCAUCAGUUCCCGAAUAGAAAAAAAAACUUUCACGAGAAAGAUCAUGUUACUCGGACUUAUAAACUUACAAAAUUUUCCUAAAGCGCUCUUUAAUGUGUUAGAUGUCGAUCCUGGAGGAAACUUGCUUUUUUUAAAGAAUGCUUCAUUGUCUGGCUUAUUUUCCAAAAAUGUGUUUAAGGUGAAAACAGGAAAUGCGGCUGGCGGACGAAUUCGCACGGGAGUCGUCGACAGCAAAACGCGCUUGAGGAUGUCGCAGAAAUUGCAGCGACAGCUCGAAAAGCAAAGAGCUGCCGGCGGCGUCACGAGCCUCAAGAGCAAGGUUCGCCAAACCGAUUUUCGCACAAUUUUUUUUUCCUGUUUCAGGUGGCAGGAACGGCCUCGUCAGUCACUUUCACGCCAGUCCAAGGCUUGGAAAUCGUGAAUCCGGCCGCUCAAGAGAAGCCAACGUCUUCCUCUUCUUCGAACUACUUCUCGUCAGCCGGCAGCUUUGUUAACAUCAAUAAGAUGACUCUUUGA